ACUGCUUGUUUUCCCUCACCAGCCCCCUGCAGGACCCUUCUGGCUGUCUCCCUUCUGAGCAGCAGAGGAUGCCUGCAGAGGACUGCUGCAUGUUUGAAUAGAGGACUAGUUGGCAUUCAUCUGAUAGUCCUAUAUGAGGACACUUAAUGACUUAUAUAACGAUCUAUCUCUAUCACUCGCAAAGCCCGUCACAGUCCGGUCAAGAUCAGAAGCCAGCGCCGAGCUGCUCAAGCUGAGGAAGUUUGGGUGCUACCACGCACCGUAGGCAGAGAGGCGCCGCUACCUUCCGCGUCUGGUCGAGGAAGCGGCAGCGUCUUCCUCCCUAGGCGAAAAAAUGGCGGCUACCCCCGGUAAGGCGCGGAGCCGCUUCGUGGUGGUGGGCGGAGGCAUCGCCGGAGUUACCUGCGCCGAGAAGCUGGCUGUGGACUUUCCGUCAGAAGACAUUUUUUUAGUGACAGCUUCUCCGGUUAUAAAAGCUGUUACGAACUUCAGACAGGUCUCAAAAACACUUGAGGAAUUUGAUGUGGAAGAGCAACCAAGUUCUCUAUUAGAACAACGGUAUCCCAAUAUUAAAGUUAUCCACUCUGCCGUAAAACAAUUGAAAAGCGAUGAGCAUAAAAUUUUCACUGAAGAUGGGAGUGAAUAUACGUAUGAAAAGCUUUGCCUGUGUGCUGGAGCAAAACCUAAAUUAAUUUUUGAAGGAAGCCCAUAUGUGUUAGGAAUUCGGGAUACUGACAGUGCGAAGGCUUUCCAGAAGAAUUUGGCUCGAGCUGAGAGAAUAGUAGUCGUUGGUAACGGUGGGAUUGCGCUUGAAUUAGUGUAUGAAAUUGAAGGCUGUGAAGUAAUCUGGGCCAUCAAAGACAAAGCUAUUGGGAACACUUUUUUUGAUGCAGGAGCAGCUGAAUUUCUUAUUCCAAAACUGACUGCUGAAAAACAAGAGACUCCGAUUGAAUGUAAAAGAACCAAGUAUACAAUGGAAGGAAGUGAGAAAAUAGAAAGGCCCAUUGCAGCACCAUCUGACAAACUGGGCAGCGCGUUGGGUCCUGACUGGCAUGAAGGCUUACAGCUGAAAGGAACCAAAGAGUUUUCUCAUAAAGUACAUAUUGAAAUACUGUGUGAAGUAAAGAAAAUACACUCACAGCAAGAAUUCAUACAACUGCAGCAGACUUCUUUGGCUUUUCCUAAAGAGGGGAAGAAUGUAGAACCAGAUGAAGUUCUGUGGCCUGUAUAUGUGGAGUUAACUAAUGGAAAAAUUUAUGGAUGCAAUUUCAUUGUUAGUGCAACUGGAGUUGUGCCAAAUGUGAAACCAUUUCUUGAUAGCAAUAAUUUUGCUAUAGGUGAAGAUGGAGGUCUUAAAGUAGAUAAACACAUGCACACCUCCCUGCCGGAUAUCUAUGCAGCUGGGGAUAUCUGCACGGCGGCGUGGGAACCCAGCCCGGUGUGGCACCAGAUGAGACUGUGGACUCAAGCUAGGCAGAUGGGGUGGUAUGCAGCAAAAUGCAUGGCAGCAGAUGCUUCAGGGGAGUCUAUUGAUCUGGAUUUCAGCUUUGAAUUGUUUGCUCAUGUAACCAAAUUUUUCAAUUACAAGGUGGUGGUUUUGGGAAAAUUCAAUGCUCAAGGCUUGGGUUUAGACCAUGAACUAAUGCUGAGAUGUACCAAGGGACAAGAGUAUGUUAAAGUGGUGAUGCAGAAUGGACGAAUGAUGGGAGCAGUGCUGAUUGGUGAAACAGACUUGGAAGAAACUUUUGAGAACUUGAUUUUAAAUCAAAUGGACCUUUCAGCCUAUGGUGAAGAUCUCCUGAAUCCAGAUAUUGAUAUAGAAGAUUAUUUCGAUUGAAUGGAAACCAAUUUCUAUUUUGUAUACAGUUUUAAUACUGACUGUCUUAUGAAGCAUCUCCUGUGGAUUACCAGAAAACAGGGAUCAAGUGCAAUUCCUUAUUAAGGUCUUUGAGUUGAUGUUGUCAAAUUAGUGAAAGGCAAAUAAUUAUACUAAGUGUCUCAUUUCCUCAUGAUAAAAUCCAACUAUUUAAGCUAUUCCUUAACAUUGUACUCUGUAGCAUCAUUUGUGGACACAAAUUGUUUCAUACUUGAUUUUGAUCUGCAGUUGAGAGUUGCUAUUUAAACUGGGAGCAUUUCUUUGUAUAAAGUUGGCAUUACAUACUGGGACUUCUCCCAGAAUACCACUCUAAUUAUUUUGAAGAGAAUGACUGUUCAAUUCAAUGAACUAAUUCUAUUUUUGGCAAAGCUUUCAAGUAACUGAUGCAUGAAAACUCUAAGUUUCGAGUCACAGAACCCUACCAGAAAAACAAAGGUGAAGAACUUUGCUUAUUUGAAUAAUAUGGGGUAUUUUGUGUGUGUGAAGUUUUAAGUUGAUCCAUAGCUGAGUGCCUACAAAAAUGCAGCAGAUCAAGCAUUCAAACACCUAUGUGCCUAACUAGCUCUUGCAGUCAGCAGUAGCUGUGUCUAUCCCCCAGUGUAGCACAGCUAAUUGUAUCUGUAGCCCCUCUGUGAGGGAAGUAGAAAGAUCCUGUAGCUGAAUGUUUCCUCAAGUCCAUAAGGAUUGCUGAGGAGAGAUGGUGACCCAUAACAGAAUGCCACAGUUCAGUCAGGACGAUGGUACGGGUCACUGCAUUCCCAUGUUAGUGAAGUUAGGCUUGAGAAGACAAAGGCUCCCUGGCACUCCGUUAUAUAAUGAAGAAGUUAGAGUUGAGCAAAUAGAACAAUACUGACACACUUUAAGAACUGAAUUCAGAAAGUUGUUAUGUAAACAUACAUUGGAUUAAGGAAAGCAGAAGUGGGAAGAAAGCUUGUAGUAAGCCCACUACUGCAGAAAUAACAGAAGCUCUUAACCUACCCCAACAUUUGGCUGAGCUAAAAAGUAUCAGUUUUUUGUCUUCAAGAGCUAUUUCAUGUUGUCUGUAAAACAGUGCUAAGCUUUAUAAGGAAACAGCUCUAAACAAGAAGUUAAGCUAAGCUGAAUGUUUUGUUUUCAGACUAGAUAUUGCUGGUGGUAACAAUGUACCUGUACAGUGACCACUUGCAUUUAAAGCCAGCCUAAAACCAGAAAUUUGUGAUCAAAGCUGCAAGCACAGUUCAGCCUCAGGCAUAAAAGCCUGUGAGUGAAAGGCCAGCUGCUGUAGGUUCCUGUAAGUACAGGUAAGAGGAGAAUGGCCACAUGGGCUCUAUACAUUGAGUUCAGUUUCAAAGGAGUUGAUGAAAGUAAUAUCCUGGUUGUUGAGUUUAUCCUGCACCAAUUUGUAAUCCUGGUAUUUGUGAGUCAAUGUAUGAGGACUGCUGUCAAAGUAAAGCUUACUGUACAUUGGCCUAUAAUGUCGGAGACAGAUAUUGAUGAUAUGGCAGUAAAAGUUAAACCUUC